CCGAGGGAGGAGCCAGAAAAAGCGGGAACCAACUUCUCUCUCUCCUCUCCCACCUCCAUUAUAACCACCUCUCCCCCGCCGCCACUCGCCACCGCCCCGUUUCUUUCCAUCUUGAUCCGCUUCUUUCGCUAUAACGAAUUACCAACUAACCAAACACAACUUUUUACGAAAACAGAGAGAGGCAAGUCGCAUAGAUCGGUAUAUUUUUCGGUUGCUGUCUCAAUCACAAAAAAAUCAAACAAUUCAUUUAUUUCCUUCCUUCUCCGUUUAUCCGCUCUCUGUUUUUCUGAUUUUAAAAUUCAUAUUCUGAUAUAGAAAUUGAAAUUCUCGAUAAAAAAACAAAACUUUCCUUUUCUUGCUUGUUAGGCCGAAUCUAAUGGAACAGAAGCAUAUAAUAUUAUCGGCGUUGAGCGUUGGUGUCGGGGUAGGGGUAGGAUUGGGAUUAGCGUCAGGGCAGACAGUUGGUAAAUGGACAGGUAGACCGUCGCUCACCGCCAUAACCGCUGAGAAUUUAGAGCAAGAAAUACUUAGGCUAGUCAUUGAUGGCAGAGAAAGCGGUGUCACCUUCGAUCACUUUCCCUAUUACCUCAGUGAACAGACCAGAGCAUUAUUAACGAGUGCCGCCUAUGUUCACUUGAAGCAUGCUGAAGUUUCCAAGUACACAAGGAACCUUGCGCCAGCCAGCCGAGCUAUAUUGCUUUCAGGGCCUGCAGAACUUUACCAGCAAAUGCUUGCAAAGGCUUUAGCUCAUUACUUCGAAACUAAAUUGCUGCUGUUAGAUGUUACCGACUUUUCUCUCAAGAUUCAGAGCAAAUAUGGCAAUGCAAUGAAAGAAUCAUCUUUAAAGAGAUGUCCUUCAGAGUCAGCGUUGGAGCGACUGUCUGGCUUCAUUGGAUCACUUUCAAUACGUUCUCAGAAAGAAGAACCCAAAGGAAGACUGCGGAGGCAAUACAGUGGUGCAGAUAUUGCUUCAAGGGGGCUUGAAGGUUCUUCUAAUGCUCCAAAGCUACGAAGAAAUGCCUCUGCUGCAGCCAAUAUAAAUAACCUAGCUACACAAUGCACUCCUAUAAAUAAAGGUUCUUUGAAGCGAACAAGCAGUUGGUCUUUUGACGAGAAGCUUUUUAUACAGUCCAUCUACAAGGUUUUGGUAUAUGUGUCUAAAGCCAGUCCCAUUGUGCUGUAUCUUAGGGAUAUCGAUAAGCUCUUAUCUAGGUCGCAGAGGAUAUAUAAUUUGUUCAAGAAAAUGCUGGAGAAACUGUCUGGAUCAGUGCUGAUACUUGGUUCACAAAUUGUGGAUGACGAUGUAGAUCUCGAUGAGAGACUUCUUGCUCUCUUCCCUUAUAACAUUGAGAUAAGGCCUCCUGAAGAUGAAAACCGUCUUGUCAGCUGGAAAUCUCAACUGGAAGCCGAUAUGAAGAUGAUCCAAGUUCAGGAUAAUAAAAACCACAUCAUGGAAGUACUUUCAUCCAAUGAUCUUGAUUGUGAUGAUCUUGAUUCAAUCUGCAUGGCAGACACAAUGAUUCUCAGCAACUACAUAGAGGAGAUUGUGGUAUCUGCAGUUUCUUAUCAUUUAAUGAAUAAUAAAGAUCCUGAUUAUCGAAACGGAAAACUACUCAUAUCAUCAAAGAGUUUAUCCCAUGGAUUGAGUAUAUUCCAGGAAGGCAAGUCUGUGGACAAAGAUACAGUACUAAAGUUGGAAGCACAAGCUGAGACUUCCAAGGAACCUGCAGGAGUGGUUGAGACCACUGGUGUGAAGCCAGAAACCAAAGCUGCUGAUACUGUGAAACCUGAGAGCAAAACUGAAGUAGAGAAGGUUGCUUCAGGGAUAAAGACGGAUGGUGACAUUUUGUUACCACCGACAAAGGAAGUGCCUCCUGAUAAUGAAUUUGAAAAGCGCAUAAGACCUGAGGUGAUACCAGCAAAUGAGAUUAAUGUGUCAUUUUCUGAUAUUGGUGCAUUGGAGGAGAUCAAAGAAUCUCUUCAGGAGCUAGUGAUGCUUCCUCUACGAAGACCAGAUCUUUUUAAAGGAGGACUUCUAAAGCCUUGCAGGGGAAUCUUGCUGUUUGGUCCUCCUGGCACUGGGAAGACAAUGCUGGCCAAGGCCAUUGCCAAGGAGGCUGGAGCAAGCUUCAUUAAUGUAUCUAUGUCUACAAUCACUUCAAAAUGGUUUGGUGAAGAUGAGAAGAACGUUCGAGCUUUAUUUACGCUGGCAGCCAAGGUCUCCCCAACUAUUAUUUUUGUUGACGAGGUUGAUAGCAUGCUUGGGCAGCGAACUAGAGUUGGGGAACAUGAAGCCAUGCGAAAGAUAAAGAAUGAGUUCAUGACGCACUGGGAUGGGCUUAUGACAAAGCAAGGCGAGCGCAUUCUUGUUCUUGCAGCCACCAACCGACCAUUUGAUCUUGAUGAAGCAAUCAUCAGGCGUUUUGAAAGGAGAAUUUUGGUGGGACUGCCUUCCCCAGAGAAUAGAGAAAUGAUACUCAGAACUCUCCUGGCAAAGGAAAAAGUGGAAGGAGGACUUGAUUUUAAGGAGCUUGCUGUUAUGACUGAAGGAUUUACCGGCAGUGAUCUUAAGAACUUGUGCACAACAGCUGCUUAUCGACCAGUUAGGGAGUUGAUAAAGCAAGAAAGAAUGAAGGAUAUGGAAAAAAGGCAGAAGGCUGCAGAAGCACAAAAGUCGGGGAAAACUGUGGAUAGAAAAGAAGACAGCAAAGAGGAGAGAGUAAUUACCCUAAGGCCAUUAAACAUGGAAGACUUUAGACAAGCAAAGAAUCAGGUUGCUGCUAGCUUUGCAUCUCAGGGAUCUAUAAUGAGCGAGUUGAAGCAGUGGAAUGAUUUGUAUGGAGAAGGGGGUUCAAGGAAAACUGAGCAAUUGUCUUAUUUCUUAUAAGAAUACAAAUUCCUGCAAGCUCCUUUACCCUCUUCUAAGGAUAAGAGGGAAAUUUUCUGGUGUACUAGGUGAUGGUGUAAUAUUAUGUAUUUGAUUUGUAUGUAUAAUGCUUCAGGUAGACCUCGUUUUUGCAGCCUGCUUCAUUGUAGAAUAAGAACGGCCACCUUGACUGGAGAGCUCUGAGGCCAUGCCUGAUGGAAAAAGAAUCCAAUAUACUUGUGUUGGUUGUAUUCUCUUAAAUUAGUAGUGCGAGGAAGUGUGUUGUGUUUCGGCAUUUUAGGACUUGGUCAACCUUUUUCCUUUUUGUUUCGUCUUUUUCCCUCCGAUUGUAGCAAUCAUCAGCUUUAGUUUAUGCAAAAAUUGUAUAUGUACUAGUAAUUGCCCCAUGUCUGAGCUGCUACACCAGUUCUUCAAAUUUCCUUUAAUUGCCAAAACAUUAAUAUCGAAGAAUUUGUGGCA